UGUUCGGUAGAACCCUAAAGCCCAUUAUAACCAGGGUCUGAUACAUCGCACGGGGUCCCAGAGAAACGGAAACGAAAUCGGCGAAAUGGCGCUGUACAUCUUGCGCGCCGGUCGAAAGCUUCGCUCGCGAUCGCCUCUUCCCCUCUCCCUCCUCUACCUCCCUUCUCACCCUCCAAGCCCUAAUCCCCUCUCCCCUCCUCCCUGCCGUCCCCAACCACUAGGCUCCCCUCUCCCGCCAUGGCGUCCACCUUGUAUCGGAUCGCGGCGGCGUUCGAGGAUCCUCGAUGGAUUCCGCCACAGUCUCUCCCUCGCCUCCAUCUCGAGCUCCCCGGGCACCACCGAGGACCACGAGAGCCGGCGGCCGGACGGUGGGGAGGGGUCACCGCCAGCGAGUUCAUCGCGCUCGUGGGUCGAUCUCUAUUUGCCGGAAUCGGUUCGGCCGUAUGCGCUCCUCGCUCGGCUGGACAAGCCUAUCGGGACCUGGCUGCUUGCUUGGCCGUGCAUGUGGUCAAUUACAAUGGCAGCUAAUCCAGGAGAGUUUCCUGAUUUUAAGAUGUUAGCAUUGUUUGGAUGUGGAGCUGUGCUUCUACGAGGGGCUGGUUGCACUGUGAAUGACCUUCUUGACCAAGACAUUGAUAAAAAGGUCGAGCGCACGAAGUACAGGCCUGUUGCAUCUGGUAUUGUACCACCAUUUCAAGGGCUCUGUUUUCUUGGAUUUCAGCUUCUAUUGGGUUUAGGAAUCCUUCUCCAACUAAAUAAUUAUAGCCGUAUUCUGGGGGCAUCGUCCUUACUGUUGGUUUUCUCAUAUCCCCUUAUGAAGAGAUAUACUUUUUGGGCUCAAGCAUAUCUAGGUUUGACCUUUAAUUGGGGAGCUUUAUUAGGAUGGGCUGCUGUCAAAGGAAGCUUGGAUCCUGCAACUAUUCUCCCAUUGUACAGCUCUGGUGUAUGCUGGACUCUUGUAUAUGAUACAAUAUAUGCACAUCAGGAUAAAGAAGAUGACCUAAAAGUUGGUGUUAAGUCCACAGCAUUGAGGUUUGGAAGUUUGACAAAGACUUGGAUUUCUGGCUUUGGGGCAGCCUGUAUUGGUAGCCUAGCACUCAGUGGAUACAAUGCAGAGCUUGCAUGGCCGUACUAUCCAUUUCUGAUUGCUGCAGCUGCACAAUUAGGAUGGCAGAUUUUGACUGUUGACUUGUCUAACCGUGCAGAGUGCAAUAGAAAAUUUGUUUCCAACAAGUGGUUUGGUGCUUUGGUAUUCAGUGGAAUCUUGUUUGGUCGGCUUGCAUCCUAAAGGAGGAGUUGAUUAAAAUUGUGGCCAAAAGAAUGUUUCCAACCAGAUGAAAUUUUGUGUUCAUCAAUUUUCUUAUUUUCACACUUCAGGACCAUUAAGCCUUGGCCUUUGAGGAACGUUUAUUUUCUCAGAAAUAGUAAAAAGCUACAGAGGUGUAUAAUUUAUUUGUACAAAUCUCACUAGUCAUUGUGAGCUGGAAUGCUACUUGCGACUGUCUCAAUAACUUGGAUGCAUCUGUCAUUGAUUCUUUCUCCCCAAUUUUUUUUCUUAUGCAACUAGGCAGUUCAUCCUUGAUUAUGUAUUUUAUGAGCUUACUAUUGACUCUGAAGGAAAUGUAAGGGUCUUACAUGGAAAAACAAACAGAAUAUGUUAGAUUAGCAUUCUUUGUCAUUCAAUUGCGUAUGUAAGCUACAACCUUUACUAAUUGACACUCUAGGUUUUUCAAAUAAAUGCACUAGAUUUAUCAUGCCCUCAUAAAUUACAUAAUUCUCGUGGCGCUCAAUGUGCACACAUAACAUGCACCAGGGACAAGACAUGUAUGUGCUGCCGUGCAUAUGAACACUCUUUAAUUAACUAGUUCAUGAUUUUGAAUAGCAUUUGAAACUAAUUUGAAUGUGAGUGCACUUUGUAUUGUUAUUUUGAAAUGAUUACAUGAUCUUCUAGGCCAAUGAUCAAUAACAAAGUUUCACUAAACUGACUUCCAGCCACUUUCACAAGCGAUCUUUGAUGAAAUCCUAUAUUGGGUUCAUUUUUUUCUGGAAAAGGGGAAAUUAUAAAUUUGGGGGAAAUAUAAAUUUGGUUGAUGGUACAUAGACUAUCCUUAAUAAUUUUUCUUCUUGCACUUAAUGUCAAUAUUCCUCUUACUUAGUCCGAAAAAUCAUAUCAUAGUUAUUGGAUUUAGAUUCUUGACACUGAUGAAUAUUAUUUGACUUAUUUUCUGACAAACACUCCCAAGUCACAUUUAUAUAAAAUUUUUGAUAAUUUAAAGGAGUGUGAAUCUUAAAUGACCCGCUUAAAAGAAGUGGUUCGUUGUUGCUGGGAAGUAGUAGUUUGUCUGAUGACUUACUCUGAAUUAGAUCAACAUUUUUGUUGGUGGGUAUUCACAGAGCCAUUUGAUAUUACUCGUGUAACUUUCUCUAAACUUGAUUUCCAACAUGGCAAUUACAGGUAAGCUUUUUGAUGCUGUUACGAAAGUAACAUUCCCCUUUUAGCUGCCUGAUAUUACUUAUGUAAAGGAAUUACCACUUGAUGUCAAUAUUCUUCUGACGUAGUCCGAAAAAUCAUAUCAUAUUUAUUGGAUUUAGAUUCUUGACACUGAUGAAUACUAUUUGACUUUUUUUCUGACAAACACUGCCAAGUUACCUUUAUAUAAAAUUUUUGAUAAUUUAAAGGAGUGUGAAUCUUAAAUGACCCGCUUAAAAGAAGUGGUUCAUUGUUUCUGGGAGGUAGUAGUUUGUCUGAUGACUUACUCUGAAUUUGAUCAACUUUUUUGUUGCUGUCACAGAGUUACUUGAUAUUACUCAUGUAACUUUAUCUAAAGUUGGUUUCCAACAUGGCAAUUACAGGGAACAUUAUUGAUGCUAUUAGGAAAGUAACAUUCCACAUUUAGCUGCCCGAUAUUACUCAUGUAAAGGAAUUACCCACCUAAUGUCAAUAUUCCUCUUACAUGGUCCCAAAAAUCAUAUCAUAUUCAUUGGAUUUAGAUUCUUGACACUGAUGAAUAUCAUUUGACUUAUUUUCUGACAAAGACUGCCAAGUUACCUUUAUAUAAAAUUUUUGAUAAUUUAAAGGAAUGUGAAUCUUAAAUGACCUGCUUAGAAGAAGUGGUUCAUUGUUUUUGGGAAGUAGUAGUUUGUUUGAUGACUUAAUCUGAAUUUGAUCAACAUUUUUGUUGGUGGGUAUUCAUAGAGCUAUUUGGUAUUACUCAUAUGCAAAUUUAUGUAAAGUUGGUUUCCAACAUGGCAGUUAUAGGGACGCUUUUUGAUGCUAUUAGGAAAGUAACAUUCCACAUUUAGCUGCUUGAUAUUACGCGUGUAACUGCUGCCUCUCUUACUCUGCAUUAAAUAUCAAUUUGUGGAAAGCAAAUUUGGUAACUAGUAGGAUUGGAGCUUGUUUGGCCUCAUAUUUACUUAUAUUCAGGGGAGGGAGGGAGAGAGAGAGAGGGGGUUGGAAGGAUGAAUAGUUUCAAUCCGUCAUUUGAUUCAAAAAGUUUUAAAGAGAAUGGAUGAAAAAGGAGAAAUUGACUGUCUACUCUGAUCCAUCAAUUUGUAUCCUCCCAAAAUGAGAGGAUAUAGAGAAGGAUGAAUAGAGCACGCGAGAAGUGGACU